GGGCGGGUGGUGCCGCGUGGUGAGCAGCGCUCCCUCCCCACGUCCUGUGAGAGAGCGGGGACACAGGCAGCAGCGCCGAGCCAUGGCCAGGGGACCCGUGCUGAGUGCCUGGGCACUGCUGGCCAGCCUGGCCGUGGCCAGCUGGGGGGUCCGAGGGCAGGUACUGGUGAAGGAGUUCAGUGGGAAGGUGUUCCUGGAAUGUGUGCGGGGCCAAGGCAGCAAGAACAUCACGUGGUGGAAGGAUGGGAGCACUGUGGGACACGAGGCACAGCUGGACCUCAGUGGGGUUUAUGACGACCCCAGAGGCCUCUACGUGUGUGAGACUGGAGGCCAAAGGAAGAGCCUCCAGGUGCACUAUCGCAUGUGCCAGAACUGCAUCGAGGUGGACGCUCCCACCAUCUCGGGCAUCGUCAUCGCCGACGUGCUGGCCACGCUGUUCCUGGCAGUGGCCGUGUACUGCGUCAGUGGCCACGACAGGAGCCACACAUCCCGAGCUUCUGACAGGCAGAACCUGAUUGCCAAUGAGCUCUACCAGCCCCUGGGGGAGCGGGAGGAUGGGCAGUACAGCCGGCUGGCCCCCACCCGUGCCCGCAAGUGAAGUGGGGAGACUCUGAGACUGACACUGCCUUCAUCAGCCUGCUGGUUUUUCUUGGAGUUCCCUCCAGCAUGGGCUGCCUGUAGCCCUGUGCUCAUUCCUCUUGCACUUCUGUAUUGCUGCCAUUAAAGAUGAGCCUGUCCCACA